AUGGAGUCAGCUGGGGCAACACUACUAUAUCAGCAGUCAGUGCGACUACGAAAGCUACGCUACAUCCCUUACAUUGGAGAUGGAGAUAGCAAAGCUUACACUGCCAUUUGCGAAGCACAACCAUAUGGUCUAGCUGUUUUCAUUCCCAAGGAGGAAUGUAUUGCACAUGUUACUAAACGAAUGGGAACUGGCCUCAGGAAACUUCUUGCCGAUUACAAGGGUAAGUCAUGUGCAUUUAACCAUUCACUGCCUGAUGGGAGGGAUUUUAAGAUUUUCCCUUCCUGCUUUUCCUCUUGAGGUCAAUAAUGUUGACCACUUGAAUUUUGAUGUCUGUUUGGUUUUGUAUCUAAGCAGUUUAGUGUUUCUUUUUCUUACUGUCCUUUGACUUGGAUUAUGGUAAUCAGAAAUAGACAAAAAAUAUAGGAACGGUCUUUAUAUGCUAAGCUAUUGUGACUUCUUUGGUCAAUUUUUUCUUUUGCCAUUAAAUGGGUGGAUUUGCAUGUUGUUUUUGCUUUAAUCAAAGGAACGUGCCCUGACCUUUUUCUUUUUCUUUGUUUUCUCUGGCAUUCAAUCUGGGAAAAAAUAAAGCUCUGCUAUUAAUCAAGUCCUAAGUACCCCCAGAAGCCAAUCUCCAUAGUGUUGCAUAAAACACUUUUAAUGAAUUUAAAAAAAUACAGCUGGAAAAAAUGGCAGGGAAUGGCUUAUUAGACUUAAUAAAAUGAACAUACUCGACAAUUGCAUACAUGUUCAUUGACAGAAAGGGUGUAUUUCAUCCAUAGAUUUUCCAUAACUUAUUCAAGGAUUGUUAACAGUAAAGACUUUUUUGUUUAGUCAUGUUUAGCUGUCUAAGUUUUCUAUUAAAUUGUCGGUUAAAAUGCCUGUAAUUCAACUUUAUAAUAAUAUAGUACGUCUGAAAUAUAAAAAAAUAAUAUUACCCAAUAACCACAUGUAACGUUAAAAGAAUCUUGUGUGUGAGCAGUGGAUAAUAUUAAUACGUGUGUACUUGUAUGAGAGUUGUGAUUCUGACUAAUUCCUCAACCUUUUUGUUGUCAUGUUUUUGUAGGUAAAAUGUUAUCAGGUGGUAAAGGAUUGGGAGGCACAAGAAGAUUGACACAUAAUAGAAUGGACACCAUCCAAAACGUUUAUGGAAGAGCGAUUAGAGAUAACAAGGGCAAUGCAAAGGAAAUGGCAAAGGCAACGCAUGCUAUUCUUAAACAUUAUAGUAGUACGCUGGAAGAACCAAAGCAUAAUGACUGCCCCUCUGGUCCCACAUCCUGGUGCAGCUUCCAGCGUGAUCGUGCAAAUGGCACCAACUGCCAUAAGCCCAUUAAGAACCCCUUGCCUGAUGCUGUGGUAGAGGUGUUACAGCCACUGUUUAAUCGCCUAGGUGAUGAGACUUUCCUUGUGGGGUGUGAAAAUUGCUACACCCAAAAUAGAAACGAGUGCUUGCAUCAUGUCAUAUGGGGAAUGGCUGCCAAAGAAAUGUUUAGUUCACCCCGGGAGAUAAGCCUUGCCAUUUCAACCAGGGCUUCAGCGCCACCUACACAAAUCUUCUCCCUGCUCUUGGCAUUAAGAUACAACCAAAAAUGCUUGAAGCUUGGAAAAAUAUUGAUAUAG